UUUAUUGAAUAAUUUCAAAAAAUUAAAUGCACAAAGCAUCCUCAAGCACCUAUCUCGAAUCUAUGUUUGAAUUAAGAGUGUAAAGAAGAACAAUACUUUUGUUAAAAUUGUAUUAAACUUCAUCUAGCUCAUUCAACCUAAAUUAUUUAUAUGAAAUAAAUAGAUAAGUUACUUAAACGAAAUACAAAUGUUAAUGAGAUUAUAUAGGAUAAAUAAGGAAUGGAAGCUUAUAAUGUAUUUAGAACUUUUAAAAGUGCAGUUCAAAAUCGUUUAAAUUAACUUGAAGAUGAAUUGAGAUAACUUAUAUUGAAAUUAGUGAAUGAUUAAAAGAUAAAUGAUUAUGGAUAUAAGUUCCUUCAAAGUCUAAAUUAAUUCAAUUAAGAUGAUAUAAAAGAUUUGAGAUUAUUUUUGAUAAAUCAAUAAUAAAACAUUUAAAAUAAUUAAAUCCAUUUUAAAGAAAAAGAGAGUAAAUAAUAAUUGAUAUAACUCACAUCUUAUUUACAAGAAAAAAUACCUAACAUUUAAAAAUCUGUAAUUGAUCAAUUAGAUUGUGUUAAUAGUACAUUCUAUACAAAAACAGAAAGAAUAGAAAGAUUAAGAAAAGUUUGGAUAGGUAUAUAUAAAAUUAAUUAUUAAAUUAGCUGAUGAUGGAUAAAGUAAGCCAAGUAUCUUUGAUAAGGCUACUAUAAGAGCUAAUGUUUUUUAAGUUAGAGAUAAGUAAUUGUAUUUAAUAGGAAUAUAUUAACCUAUGCUUUAUAAAGGAAGUUAUAAUUCCACAAAUUAUGAUUCAUAAGUAAAAACCCCAAAAUUAAUAUAUAAAUUACAUGAAGAUACAGAUUUAACAAAAUAUAUUUUUAAAUAACAUAAAGUUUUGGAACAUGAUAAAUUGUAAGUUGUUGAUGGACAUUUAUAUUAUAUUGAAUUCAGAAAUCCAGUGAAAUUAUUAUCAAAUAAAACCUAUACGAUAUCUAUAUCUACAAAGGAAGCAAAAUUAUUUUAGACAUAUCAUUAUUCUAUGCCUGUUAUUGAUCAUCCAUUAAUAAAAUGGUAAAAUGAAGAUUUGACUGAUUCUGAUAUUUUCAUAAAGGGACCUUAUGUACAACAUAUCUAUUCUUAUGCUAAUAUAGAUUAAAUACCUAGUUUGGUAGUAAAAACAUGA